AUGUCAACGAUAUAUUUCUAUUUAUUGUGUUUGUUUUAUUUUACAGACACAAAUGUUGAACCACCCGAAAAGAAAAUAGAAGAACUUAAAGAGCUUAUGAAGUAUCUAGUUCACAUACUGAAACAAGAACUUCGUGUCAAUGAUUUGAAAGAGAAAGUUGUUAUUCAUUCAAAAUCUGUCAAUGAACAUUUCUCCGAACAAUUAAUAAAAGAUCUUCAAAGUCUGAAAGAUAUCAAUGACUAUAGCCAAUUGGAUACAUCCUUGGUAUUUGCAAUGCUACGUAACUUCUGUGAGAAUAUAAAACCUCCAAGCAGAGGCUGGGACUAUGAACCUCCAGAUGAUGAAACGCAUGUUGGUGCAGACAUUGAAAGGAUAAGAUCUAUGUGGAACAAGUAUUGCGAUAAUGACUCGCAGUUUAAACACCUUGAAGAUGUGUAUAAACGGAUGAAACAGAAGUAUGGAACUGUAGCAGUUCAGGGGGAUGAUGGUAUUAUGAAAUCUUCAAGUAAAGAUGAAGAGAAUACAGAAGGAUCUGAAUUGAUGAAGGAAAAAAUAAACAGUAUAAAGCUAAAUCCAGAUUGUACUGUGGAGAAAGGUAUUGUCAUCACGGAAAACGUAACCACAGCAUUAAGACUUCUUAAAUCAAGAAAUGUUGUGAUUCUAAAAGGUGUGAUUGGGUGUGGCAAAACACAUGCUUUAAAAGCCAUCCAAAACCACUUCCAAGGAAAAGACUGGGAGACAGAGUGGGUGGAAUCUGAAAUUUUGCAAGAGAAAAUCUCCACCAAUGGACCGACAAUCGUACUUUGUGAUAAUCUCUUUGGACAAUUUGGGAACUGUGUAUUUUCACAGACUGAUGUUGAAAAAAACGAAAAGACUCUUGGUGCAAUUGAAGGAGCUGGUGACAAUAUCAAAGUUGUAAUUGGAAUUCACACACAUGUUUUUGAUGAAGUCAACAAAAGUUUAAAACUUUACUUAAUUAACAAGAAAAACAUCAUAGUAGAUAUGGAUAAACUUUCAGAAGCAGAGUCAUUAUUGAUUUUCAAAGAACAAGUAAAACAGGGACAUUGCAGUAAAAUGGAUUCCGACUGUUGGUUUAAAACAGUUGGAUUUCAAUCAGUGCUAGAUAAGCUAUCUAAGAACCAAGGUCACAUUGGGGGUCCUUUCUUAAGUCUAAUGUAUUGUAAUCAGCAUGAGCUGUUCUCUGAUGAAUCCUUUUCUGUCAACCCUGUUCAGACAUUAAUUCAAUACUUUCAUAGAAUAAGACAAGAUUCUCCUACACUCUUCCAUUGCCUUGUUUAUUUGAUGUGUGUUCAAGAGCACAACUUCGAAAGGGAACUAGAGGAAGUUGCUGGGAUAAGUAUCGAUAUAACACAUAAUACACUAGAAAAUAUUAUCUCACAGCAUGGUUUUACAUUUAUUCAAGGUGAGGAUAAGGAAAAAAGUGAAACUCUCGCUCAUGAUAUUUUGACGAUAGUUUUAUUUAAAUCAGCAUCAGAGGAACACGAAACCUUCAUGCCAGUUGCUCAGAAAUGUAAAGUUGACAUAAUCAUUCAGCUUUUGAGACCUGCAAAUGGUACAUAUGGUAACCUUUGCUGUGAAUUUAACGGCGCAGCAAGUAAAUUUGAUAAAUUUAGAGAUUGUGGAAAGGAGUGUGUGUUCCAGUUGGCAAGAAAAUAUAAUGUACCAGAAGGUAUGUGUCUGAAGGACAUAUCCAUCAUAUGA